AGCCUUACUUACAAAAUGUGUUUGUAUUUAUUAUAUGUUACUUUCUUUCUCUCUUUCUCCCUCGAAGCAAAACCCUCUUCGAGUCUCUGAGCUGUCCAAUGAUUGCAGAUCGAGGGGCGGCAGGGGAGCUUCGCCAUUUUCUCGAUUUUACUCGUUCUGUGUGUUUCCGAAAGUUGCUUGCUUUUUCUAGGGUUUAUGCUGCUCCGGUGUUGUAAUUUGCUCUGAGCUUGCUUCGAUGACGUCGUCUUCGUCCAAGGCAUGCUUCAAUUUGGACUGUAAAGAAGCGAAAUCGGAGAGGCCGAGGAAAGGGUGGCGCCUUCGGACGGGGGAGUACGCGGAGCUUUGUGACCGAUGCGGUUUUGCUUUUGAGGAGGGAAGAUUUUGUGAAACCUUCCACUCAAAUACUUCUGGUUGGAGGUGUUGUAUAUCUUGCAGGAAGCGGGUUCAUUGUGGAUGUAUUGUUUCAGUUCAUGAAUUUGUAUUGUUAGAUGCUGGAGGAGUUGAGUGCAUAACAUGUGCAAGAAAAAAUGUCUUUUUGAUGCCAAAUCCAGUAUGGCCAGCUUCUUUGUUUCUGCCUGCCCCUUCACCAGAAAGACUUAAAGACCUCUCUGUCAAAAGUUGGAGUCAUACAGGUGGAUCAGGUCCAUUUGGACCCUGGCGGCAAGCUUCCAAUUUGUUUAAAUCUUCUACUCAGUCUGAAUUGCAUCCACGGGUGUCCUAUGAUGUCGAUGUGUCAACUGGCCUUGAUAGACUUACUGCUAGUGAGCAGUUAUCUGCCUCUUCAGCUUCACUGGACAAGGUGAAAAAGGAGGAUCCAUCUGAAAGAUUGACAAAUGGCAGCUUGAAGCUUAGUGCUUCAGAAAUAUUUGAGAAUGGGAAUGCUGCAAUCAACUUUGUGGGGCAACCUAAUUCCUGUUCAAAUAAUCCUAAAAUUUCAUCCUUCUUAAAGGAAGAUCCAUCUACUCCACAGUUUAGUUUGGCUGUACCUCCUGCACUGCCAAAUGGAACAAAUAGCCAAUCCAGGGGUUCUGGUACUCAUUCACAAAAGCCAACCUCUUCAACUCCUCUGGCAAGGCAAUACCAUGGGAAUUCACAAAAUGGAGUUGAAGCUCCCAGUGAAAGUCAGAUGCGCAAUGGAAGGCCUCGAGGAGAUGCCCGAGGCCGAAAUCAGUUACUUCCUCGUUACUGGCCCAGGAUAACUCACGAAGAGCUUCAGCAAAUUUCUGGAGAUUCAAAUUCUGUAAUCACUCCCUUAUUUGAAAAGAUGUUAAGCGCUAGUGAUGCUGGGCGAAUUGGCCGUCUAGUGCUGCCAAAGAAAUGUGCAGAGGCCUACUUUCCACCAAUUUCCCAGCCAGAAGGAUUACCUCUUAAAGUCCAGGAUGCAAAAGGACAUGAAUGGAUUUUUCAAUUCCGAUUUUGGCCCAAUAAUAACAGCAGAAUGUAUGUCUUAGAGGGGGUCACACCUUGUAUACAGUCAAUGCAAUUGCAAGCAGGCGAUACAGUAACAUUUAGCCGGUUAGAACCAGAAGGAAAGUUGGUCAUGGGUUUCAGGAAGGCUUCUUCAACGCCAUCGUCUGAUCAGGGCAAUCAAAUAGUUGAAACUGGCAAUGGAGUCUCUACACAUGGUGAUGCCAAUUCAGCUGAUCCGGCAAGUGCAUGGUCCAAAGUCGAUAAAUCAGGCUACAUUGCAAAAGAAGUUGUUGGGGUUAAAUCUUCUUUGCCUAGGAAGAGGAAAAACAGCACCCUGGGUUCAAAGAAUAAGCACCUAAGAGUUGAAACUGGAGACGUGAUAGAGCUGAAGGUAACGUGGGAAGAAGCUCAAGGACUACUCCGUGCACCUUGUAAUCAUGCUCCCCGUGUUGUUGUAAUUGAAGGCCUUGAGAUCGAGGAAUUCGAGGAUGCGCCAAUAGUAGGGAGGCCUACAAUUUUUGCAACAGAUACUGUGCGUGAUAACAAUGACAUACAGUGGGUUCAAUGUGAAGACUGUUUGAAGUGGCGCAAAAUACCUGCUGAUGCUCUGCUUCCCUCAAAAUGGACCUGUUCUCAGAACUCAUGGGAUUCAGAAAGAUCGAUGUGUUCAGUGGAUCAGGAGUUAACAGCACAACAGCUUGAAGAGUUGCUACCCAUUCGUAAUCCUGCUACUUGCAAAAAAAUAAAGACUUCUAAACUAGACCCAGAAACUGUCGAAGCUUUGGAUGGACUUGACACACUAGCAAACAUAGCCAUCCUGGGAGAGGGUGUGGGCCUCCCACCAUCAGCCCAGGCUACAACAAAACACCCUCGCCACAGGCCUGGCUGCUCAUGCAUUGUUUGCAUUCAGCCUCCAAGUGGUAAGGGCCCCAAACAUAAGCCAACAUGCACCUGUAAUGUCUGCCUAACAGUGAAGCGUCGCUUCCGUACUCUGAUGUUGCGUCGUGAGAAGAAACUGUCGGAGAAAGAAGCAGAAACUGCUCGCAAGAAGCAGCAGCAAGAGUUACUAUUGCCUGAAAAAGUGAUCGAUGAUGAUUCCCUGCUAUGUAGCAAUGCAGAGAACAGUAGUCCAGACCAGAAAAUGGUGGUCAUCUUGGGUUCUGAUGAUGAUCCCAGCAGGAUUAAGUCGUCCAAUUCACCAUUUAAGGGCCAAAUUGACCUGAACAUCCAGCCAGAGCGGGAGGAAGAGUCAUCACCUUGUUCAGACUCUAGCAGCAUGAUGCGGUUGCUCCAAGAUGCCACCACUGAGAGGUAUUUCAGGCAGCAGGGAUCAGUAAGUUCUAAUAGCAAUAAAAAUUCGGUAGGAAAUCAGGAACAUCUGGGUGGAAAUGGAGCUGGAGGGGUGAAACUUGGCAAUGGCAUUAUCCUUGAUAGUAGUACUCACAAUGUCGAUGUGGACCAUAUACACUAAGGCGUCGGCAUCCACAUCAGCCAUUGGAUAGGUGAAUGGCCUUCGUUCAUGCAAUGUAGGUAGUGAUCGGCAUCAGGCAACAACCAGUUUCCAUUUUUGUUGAAGGGGCAGGGACAGCUUUUGUUGUACAGUCUUCCGCAUCUGCAGUGUGCUUCUUCAGGUUUGUACAUAUGAAAGAGAUGUAAGAAUGGAAGAAUAUGGUUGAAGAAUCCAUAUUUUUUUGAGUAAACGUGCUACUAUGUUGUCUCUACAGUGGUAUAAGUAAACAGCUGGGGGUUAGAAAGAAGGUGAAAGAUGAAAAUCCAGUUUGAGCAAUUAGCGGUAGGUAGGCUGAAUUCAUUUUCCUCCCUUUCUAGUAAGCCUGCUGUGCUCCCUGGUGCACAGAAGCUUUGGCGGUGUAAUUAUCUUUUUUGGCUCGGUAAAAUGUUAAUUGCCUUAAGGUAAAAUUUUUAUACUGCUCCCAUCUUGUUUGCAAUCCUUGGAUCAUAAUAGCAAAGUUAGGUUCAGUUGAUUGGCGUAGAAAGAAA